ACGAGCGGCAGGGCGUAGCAGGCGUAGCAGGCGUAGCAGGCCUGGCCAGCCGGGACGUGGCCUGGCGUGGCGUCACUCUCCCUGGAGUGGAGGCGUUGCGCGACUACACGUGGAAAAAAAAAUAAUCAAUAUUACGCCUCUUGUUUAUAUUUCUCAGUGUUAUAAUUACAAACAUAAUUUGCAAAAAAAUUGGAUUUAGCUGCAAAUGAUAAGCUCUCUAUAUUCGUGAGCUGUGAGUGGUCAAGGAGAAGCGGUGCAUAGUGCUCGGGCUGCCGAGAUCGCAUCGCCGGACCUCAAGGUGAACACUGCCCGGAGUCUUUCCACGGAUUACUUUAUUCUCAUAACAGCGCGAUGGGGGUCGGCAGGGAGAUGGGCGGCUGCGGCCAGUGCAUCAAGUACAGCAUGUUCCUGGCCAACUUCGUCAUAUUCCUGGGCGGCGCCGUGGUGCUGGGCAUCGGGGUGUGGACCCUGCUGGACAAGGCCUUCAUCACGGAGCUCACGGGCACCGACAUGUUCCUGGGCGCCGUCUACAUCCUCAUCGCCACGGGCGGGCUGGUCACCCUCAUCGCCUUCCUGGGCUGCGUCGGUGCCGUCAAGGAGGUCAAGUGCAUGCUGCUCACGUACUUCCUGAUCGUGUUCAUCGUGUUCGUCACGAUGCUGGUGGGCGGCGUGCUCGGCUACGUGUUCCGGGAGAACGUUCGCAAGCACGCCGACUACAAGAUGCGGUCGACCCUGGUCGAGUACCGCAGCAAGAGCAACAUCAAGCGCGCCUGGGACGAAACGCAAGAGAGCUUGCACUGCUGUGGGGUGGACGGUCCUGGGGAUUGGAAGAGCCAAAUCCCCAGCAGCUGCUGUAAGAUGGGCCCGGAAGGGAAG